CAAUUUCUCCGCGUAGGCCUCGUGCGUUCUCGAGAGGAAGAAAGAGGCGGAGAGGAAUGCCUGCCGCGACCCGAUCGUCCUCGUAAAUCGCCACCUCGCAACUCUCUCAUUGUCCUCCUACGGAGUAAUUACUGAAACAAUCUCAAGCCGCUUGUCAAAAAUAUCUCUUGACAGACGUAUCUUUGAAUCAGCCUAUUUAUAAAUAAAGCUAUAUUUGUUAUACUUUUCACAGAUACUGAUACUUCUCACAAUAGAGUAUCGACAUUGAUUGGAGAAUUUGUAUUUUAUUUAUACAAGAAAAUAAUCCAAUCAAUUGCUUCCAAAGAUUUCUGUAAGCUUGCAGGAAACAGGAGUAAUAGGACUAAGUAAAUAAUAUAUUACUAGAAUAUUAUAACAAUUAGAUAAUUGUAUUAAUUUAUGAAACAAAAAGAUUUUAAUAAUACAUUUCUUUUUAUAUAUCUUAGAGAUAAUAAUGUAGAAAUAAAGUAGGUUUAGUUUAAUUAACUACGAAGGAGUUUAAUUGAUAAUAGUUAUGUAAAAAAAUAUCUCACUUAACAAUACAACUCUUUUAAAAAUAUAAUAGUGAAAUAUACAUAUAUUCAAAAUCAAAAUAUAUUAAGAAAAAUUGAUUCUAUUGGAAGCAGAUUUGCCUGAUUUGAUUAGAUUUGCAUAUCGUGCCUCCUCAUUUUAUCACUGUUAGUUACUUUCCUUACAAGAGAAGCUAAACUUCUUGCGAGUUUUUAAAAUCUCUCUGAAAUAUUUUACAACAUAUUACAAUUUGAAAAGUGAAUCGAUUGAUUAGUGUCAUUGCAGUCUACUAAAAUUUUGCAAAUAGACAUUUAAAGAUAAAACAAAUAGAAAUUUGCAGUGGGAGAGGAAAAAAAGACAACGUUUAACUUGAUUAAAACCUCGUAAGGGACUGCUUAUAUAUAGUAAAAAUUAAUGUUUGAAUUGCAAUAUAUUGCCAAUAUAUGGUGAUUCUUUUCUCUUUAUUUGAUGAAUAAUUAUCACCUUUCUUACUUUUGCCAAUAAGACUUACCUGUUCAAUAAUAAUACUCUGUGUUCCUUGCAAGUUGCCUGAAUAUUAUUAAAGUUUGUUAAACUGUUAAUAAUGGCUGAGACACAAAGAAUGACUGUGUAUGGGAGACAUCCUCCAUGUGCCAAUAGCAGCAGGCUAGACGAGCGUCGAGCUAAGAGAUUGGCAUUACGACAUGAGAGAAAUAGGAAGCCAGACAAGCCGGAUGAUUUUGUAUGUUACGAGUCGAGCGACGACGAGGCCGAAACGGUGACUGAGGGCAAGCAAUUCCUGAGAACGUCCUUCAACUUCGUGGAUUACGUGCGCGCACGUGAAACGAAUACGCGCGAAGUGCGGAAUAUCAAUCAGGAAUACGGUUCCCGUCACAUAUUAACGCACGAUUUGUUCAAAGAGUACUCGGUUAGCCUGAACAACAUGAACAAAGUAUUUUGUUCUCAGUGGUUGAGUGAUAGACAAGUAGUAUUUGGUACAAAGUGCAAUAAGCUUAUGGUUUACGACGUGGCGACGCAGAAGCUGGAUCAGAUUCCAUCUCUUCAUGGAAGACAGCUCAGCCCGGGUGGUAACGUUAUGCCCGAGCAGCAAUGUGGCAUUCAUUCCGUUCAAAUUAAUCCCUCAAGAACUCUUUUAUCUACCGGGGCGAGAAAUAGUAAUGAAAUAGCGAUAUAUAGAUUACCGACUUUGGAUCCAGUUUGCGUAGGCGAGAGUGGCCACAGGGACUGGGUGUUUGACAUGUGCUGGUUGGAUGAUGAAUUUUUAGUGUCAGGCUCUAGAGAUACAAAAAUGGCUCUGUGGCGUAUUGAUAGUGAUCUCGCUGAAGCUCCUGAUAAAGCGGAUGUGCCUACACAUAGGUUGAUUCAACCUGUCUGCGUAAAGGAAUGUAAGUCCGCGCAGAAAGUGCGAGCGUUAGCAUUCAAUAAAGCAUACAAGGAAAUCGCGGCAUUGACCCUCAAUAGCUUUAUACAUAUCUGGUCGGCCGAAUCUUUCAAACAGAAAAUAUCUAGAAAACUGCCAGCUUGUCAGGAAAACGUUUGUCUUGCUGUACAAGAUGAUGGUGUUUACGCGAUUGGAUGUAGGUCUUACACUCUUCUGCUGGAUGCACGUACAUUACAACCAAUUAAAAAAAUACCAUCAAGGUAUAGCGGUUGCGGAAUUAGAUCAGCAAGUUUUCAAGGAUCUGUUCUAACCAUCGGAACUGGUCUAGGAAUGCUUAUGUUUUAUGAUGUUAGGGCUCAGAAAUAUCUGGAAUCUUCUAUAAAUUCUAAUAGGACUGUCGUAUUGAAAGCUUCGAAAGGAUAUGUGUUUCCGGACGAGGAAUAUAUAGAUGGUUUUCAAAAUGUGAAGUACACUCCCGCCAUUUACACACAUUGCUAUGACGCAUCGGGUACUCGAUUAUUUACAGCGGGUGGUCCAUUACCCGCAAAUUUGUACGGCAACUAUGCAGGAUUAUGGCAAUGAAGGUUUAAGCGAGUGAAAUCACAAUGAUGAUUAAGUUUCACCGAAUCGAACUUAUCAACUGGAAGUUGGAACACUGGCCUGAAAACAGCAACAUGCAAUGAAUUUUGUUUAAUAUAUACUUAUUUUAGCGUAACAAUACAGACAAUUUUGACCUACAUAUUAUUAUAUUCUAUCUCGCAUAUUAUAAAUAAUAUAACAAGAAAAAUCCCCUGGCAGUUUUUUACUACAAUUAACUACGUGUCCGACGGAGAGUGUUAUUUAAAAGAAUAAUAGUUUAAACAAGGAGAUUCUAAAAUGCAUCAAUAGCACAAUAAUCUAAGAAUAUGUUCACUUAGGAAUACAUCUUUUAUAUUUAUUCGUCUCUAUUGCUUAGCUUCGAAUUAAUUGUAUCUUUCGUUAGAGUUUUGCUAUUGAGUUUUUUAACGUGAAUAUAAUCUAACUGUUCAUGUUUGACCAAGCGUGCCGCUUAGCUCCCAUCGCGAUGUCUGGCGUACGUUGGAGGAUAUUAAUGGAAUUAAGCGUGUGCAUUUAGUAACAAAAAGCGUCGACCUGUGAUUAUGUAAAAAUGCCGCGUUUGUUAUGUGCAAUCGAGUAUAGCAUUUGUUUCUAUUAUACGCUGCAUAUGCUGUAUUCCCUAUCGUCAUCUCAUCAAAUAUCUUAUAACAUUAGAGUUCGAUUUUUAGUCGAACACGCUCAAACACGAUUUAGGAAGUAAUCUUCUUCCUCUCCCUUUCAGUUUAGCAUAUAAAUAUGCUAUGUAACGCGGCGUUACUUAAGCGAGAUAAGAUUCAUCUAAUUGAAUGUAUCAGUCAUCGCGUGACGAGUCGUCGCAAGUGCCGCAAUUUGCGCAUUUUAGUAUAGGGUAGCACAUUUACGAAGCGAAAAGAUCCAACAACAAUGAAACACGAUUAAAACCGUCUUAGUACAUAAUGAACACGUAUGCUAACAAAAUAUAUUCCCAAUCCGUAUAUUUAUGAAAGUGAGAGUGGGAGAGAAAGAGAGAGAGAGAGAGAGAAAGAUUGCAAGUUGUUACCGUAUAAUAAUUAUAGGAUUUCACAAUAUUAGAUAAGAUAGAUAAUUGUGUGUAUUGUAUCCGAUAGCUCUGUAGUUUCACCGAUACACGUUCAUCUCUCUAUAUAAACAAGCCGAUAUAUAAAUACACUGAAAAAAAAAAAUUAUUAGAUUGAAAUAAAUAUUGUUUCUAAUAGUACCAAGCAGAAGUUUUGCAAAAAAUAAAUAAUAUUUAUUUCAAAUAAGAUCAUAUUUUCUGAAUUAUAUAAAAUAUUAUCUUAUUUGAAAUAAAUAUUACUUAUUUUUAUGGUACUAUUUGAAAAAAUAUUAUUUCAAUCUAGUAAAUUUUUUUUUCAUGUGUACACAGGAUUCACCGAAUGACGUGAGGCCGAACACUCGUUCAUUCACAAACAUUCAUUUUGCCAAAAAGGAAAAAAGGGUAAAACAAGGAUCCGUCACUGUUUACCAUAGGGUUUCCCAAACUUUUGUGCAUUGUGACACAUUUUUUUUAACUAUAAACAGCCGUGAUUCUCUUAACUUUAGGGAUUAUAAAAAAGCGGAGGGAGGAAGAGAGUAAAAAUUGAUUAUUUACUCAUACUUUUCCUUUUUUAAUUGAAUAUAUUGAAUAUAUUAUUGAAUAUAAUUUUAUAAAUUUAUUUUUUUAGAUAGUGAAAGUGUGAAGCAUAUUUCCUAUUUCUAUUUUACUAUAAUUUUAAUAUUUUGCAUUGAAUUAUUUUAAUGCACGAGUUUAAUAAUUGCAGUUUGUUUCGAAAUUUAACUUUGAUUUCGCGAUUCACCAUAAAUCUGCUCGAUCCAUUGGUGAAUCGCGAUCUAUAUUUUGGGAAUCUUUGAUUUAACACAUAAUCAUAGAGAACACUAGCAUACCACACUAUGCGUUCAUAACAUGUAUGAUACUUACGGAUACUUAAAUCUAAUAUUUUGACGACCAAACAUUUUACGGCGGCCCGAAAUGCUGUACGUAAAGAUUUGUAAAAAUAUCAUACUCUCUCUCUCUGACAGGCGUUUGAAUUCAAUAUUUUAAUCGUAACACUCAAGCAUCUCUGAUAGCCUAUUUUUAUAAAUGAGCAAUAGUCAACGGGUAGCUUCUCGAGAACCUUACUUGGCAUCGUUUCGCGCCGUCACCCCCCCCCCCCCAAAUUAUUUGAAAAUGUACAAGAGGGAACAGAAAUUCGAACUUCAAACCGUUGCCACUCUCUACUAUACUUUUGAUUUGUAAUAAGUAAAAUUAUAAACGAAUGACAAAUUGCUAAUUUUAUACUUGAAAGAUGUACUCGUAGACGUAACCAAUGCGAUUCAAACGUUUCAGUUUGUCGCGUUGUCCCGUAUCAAAAGCUGCUAUCGUAAUAGCGUGAACGUAAAACACCGUCGCACAGUGGCAGGGUUUGAAUAGUAAUUUUUGAUAAUUUUCCAUAACACUACGAAGAUACCUUUGCACGCGCACUGCAAUUCGAUCGAAUGAGGAAAAACGACGGAUGAACUAUAUCAUUGUGACUUUAUAUAUGUGCGACUUCUAUAUCUAUGUAAAUAAAUAUAACCAAGCUCUUGAGACUGAUA